CCCCUUCACACAUUGCAUCCUUUGUAAGGAAUAUCUUCCCAAAAUGUUUUAUCCAUCAGAGCAAAGAAGAACUUCUCACACACGUAAACCGAGUUUACUGUACAGAGGAGACUGAAGAAACAAUGUGUGGAGCAAUUACAAGAUUUGCAGUUUGGUUCUGCGCGCUUCUGGUCUGUAAUUUGGAUGAAACUUACACACAGGCUUUUAGUAAUUCAUCAAUCUUUCAAUCAUCAUACUACAUUUAUGAAUAUAUAAAUACACCAUUAAAAUGGGAACAUGCUUCCAGAUAUUGUGAGCUACGCUUUGGCAGUCUGCCUGUUGUUAGUAAAGUUGCAGACAAGAAUGCUGUAUUGGAUCUGUUAGCUCCCCAAGGGGUUAAUCAGCAAGUAUGGAUAAAUGGAAAACUGAAUGAGGUGUCAGGAGGGGAAGACAUAACUGUGGGAAAGAACAGUGCUGAUUGGUUCAAGACCCUGGCAUUCCUAAACAAAACAGAUACCAAACAUGCCAAAAUUCUCAAUGUGCUGCCUCCUUUGUCAGCUGUUACAAUCUGUGCACGUGUUCAGUGGGACAGCCAAUCUUCCGACAUUGCCACAGUAUUUUCUUACGCCAUUCCAGCAUUUAUUAAUGAAUUCCAGCUACGUGGUCGUAUUGAUGAUGUUGGAUUCAUCCAGUUAGCUCUGAUAGUUCAUGGACAUCACACGCCCUACAGAUCGGUGCUAAAAAGUGACGGACUGUGGCAUCACUUUUGUGUAACAUGGCAAAAUGAAAAUGGUGCUUGGUUUAUUUAUGCAGAUGGGGUAAAGGUGAGUUCAGGAGAUGGCUGCUACAGUUCGCAAAUUAUUGCUGGAAAUGGGACAUUUAUUAUUGGUCAAGAUCAAGACUCAUUAGGAGGUGCAUUCAAACAAAAUGAGGCUUUUAGUGGCAAUAUCACAGACUUGAACAUUUGGACCCAAGUGUUGGAUGCAAACCAGAUUAAAGCAGUCAGUAUGUGCUCUUUUCCUCAGCGAUAUCUCAUUUACCAGUGGAAUUUGACCAGUUUGGAAAUUGAGCCAAGUGUUCAAAUUGUGGAACUUCAGCUGAAUUGCAAAGAUCUGAAAAUUUCUUCAGGCGAAUGUCAGACUUUUGAUGCUGCCUCUGGAUUUAAAAGUCAAUUUGGCUGUGAGAAUCCACUGCCCUUCCUCUGCCAGUUGACAAAAGAUACAUAUUUGAAGUUAAACAAGCUUCAGUCAGAUUCAAGAAGCUUAUUCAAGACUAAAUUGAAAGCAUUUUCUCACAAUACAAUGGCUACUGAGUACAUGUCAUUGAGUAAUACAAAACUUGUACCCAAUAUUUCUGAAGCUGAGACUGUACUGAAGACAGUACAACAUGUUCUGAGCAUGGAAAAUGUCACUUUGCAAUCCACUGACAUGCUAAGUGUCGUACGCUUGCUACACAAUGUUGCCAGCAUGGAGCCAGAUGUAAAUGACACACAGGAAGAUUUUGAGAAUGUAAGCCGAAGCUUUAUCCACAUCGCUGGUGAGGUUCUUGAUCAGCAGAAUGCAGAGGGGUGGACUGAAAUUAGUGAGAUUGUUCAUGGUCCAAUGGCAGUAAUUUAUGGUGUGGACAGAAUGGUGCAAAAUCUGAACAAAUUGCUCACUUCUGAUCAAGAAAGUAUUGUCAUUAGAAGCAAAAACAUACAACUUGAAAUCAGGCAAAAGCUACUUACCAAUUUUACAAAUGACAUUGAUGUCUAUCUGAGUGAAAUGAACAACAAGUCAACUGAUCAAAUAGGACUUCCUAAAGAAGCAAUUGAUAGACUCCAACAAAGAGGUUUGACAAGAGCUUCAUUUGUGACCAUCUGGUAUGGCAGCCUUCACAGUUUACUUGGAAGUAGUGCAUUGGAAAUUAAUUUGAUGGAAACAGCUUUUGCUGAAGGAUUUAAACGUGUAGGGAUGCAGAUUGCAUCAGCAGUUAUUUCAUCAACAGUGUUUCAAGGGGCUCAGCCAGUCAGCACGGCUACAAAGUAUAGGUUGCAACACAGAGUUAAGGCCUUUUCUUCUUUUGCUGUUGAUUCAAUCUGUGUCUUCUGGAAUUUUAGUUUGAGGCCAGAGAAAGGUGGAAGCUGGUCUACAGCUGGCUGCAGUGUCGUCGAAUCUGGGCUUGAAUCAACAGCAUGUUUUUGCAAUCACUCGACAAAUUUUGCUUUGCUUUUCCAACUUUAUGAAGUGAAGAGAAGCUCUUAUGAAGAAGCUGUUCUUAUGAAUUUGACACUGAUUGGCUGUACUAUAUCUCUCUGUGCAUUGGUGGUCACGCUGAUUCUGUUCUCAGUGGUGGGUGUUCCAAAAUCAGAUCGAAUGACAGUGCACAAAAAUCUCAUUUGUGCCCUAGUUGCAGCAGAGGCUCUGCUUGUGGCAAGUGACUCAGCAAGGACAAACCAGGUGGCAUGUUCCAUUGUAACAGCUAUGCUACAUCUGCUCUUCAUGGCUGCUUUUGCCUGGAUGCUGGUGGAAGGAAUACUUCUCUGGAGUAAGGUCGUCACUGUCAAUAUCAGCGAAGAGAAGAGAAUGAAAUACUACUAUCUGAUUGGUUGGGGAUUCCCAGUUUUUAUUGUGGCCAUCACCUUAGCAACUACUGGUGACAAAUACAUAGCAGACAAUCAUUGUUGGCUGAACAUUCAGAGUGAGAUCAUCUGGGCCUUUGUUGGGCCUGUCCUUUUUUCUCUAACAAUCAAUACAUUUGUACUUUUACGUGUGGUAAUGAUCACAAUUGCAAGCUCACAACGGCACUCCAUGAUGUUGGCAUCAGACAGCACCUUGGCACAGCGUGUUUUGUCCCAGAUAUGGACGGCUAUCAAGCCUGUAGUGAUCCUUCUGCCAGUUUUGGGUCUGACCUGGUUUUGUGGGGUUUUGGUCCAUUUCAAUAUUGUUCUUGCAUAUAUCUUUGUUGUGCUUAAUUCCUUCCAGGGGCUAUAUAUAUUCUUGGUGUAUGGCGUUUAUAACAGUGAGGUGAGAAAUGCCAUUAAAAGAAUGAAAGAAAAGAAAAAAACUUUGUCUUUCACAAACUGCGCAAGCUCAAGACCAUCAAGUUGUCUUACCGGUCCGAAGAUGACCACCUCACUGGAUGUUGGAAAAUGCUCUAUUUCUACACCUGAGAAGAAUACUUUGAAAUCAGCAACCAAUAAAUCAGCUUCCAACAAAGGGGCAUCUAUGAUUUUCAACAGGGAAAAUAGAGCAGAAGAUGUGAUGUGUUUCUCAGAAAACUUAGCUCUUGACAAAACAGCGAUUCAGUUGACAGCAUUCAGAGUAUCAGGAUUGUGAAGCAUCAAUGCAGGAGUUCUGAUGGGGGUGAUGUACAUUUCCUGAGUGACCUUGUGGUUGAAAUUUGAAAGAAAACCAAUGACUAUUUUCAAAAGUUGAACUUAUGGAACCAAGAUCUUCAAUGUUUCUGCAGCAGGGACUCAGAACCUAAUCAAACAAGACUCCUACCAAGAUACUGAUCACCAAUCCAUUGAAGUCUAUGUUUUAAAUUUUUAGUUUCUCUCUUUACAAUAGAUUAAAUAUUAAGCACUGUAUAAUGUCAUGUAGUGAUAUUUACUGCAGCCUCAGGCCAGGAAUAUCGAAAGUGAUACGUGAAAAUAGUGUUACAUAGUAUCGAAACUGCACACGUUCUAACACAGUGGACAGAAUCGCUGUUUUCUGAAAGUAAUUUUAGGAAUAAAACAAAAGACACUUAGUGAAUGAUACAAUAGUGUUGUGACUUCUGGUUUCUCAGGUUAAUUGACUGAUAUAGGAUGGUGGUACAAACAGAGGUAAGUUAAUUUAGCCUUAGAAUCCUGUUAUUUUUGAGGUAAACAGGUUUAUAAUUAUGCCCUCAGCUAUAACUUUUAAAAACUUUGCCUGUAUGAAGAAGGUGGAACGGAUGAUUCUGUACUGUAUUCUUCCAAAUGUGAUCAUCAAAGAUUGAAAAUAAAAGGCAAGCGAUGUGAAUGAUUCCCUUCAAAACCUUUAGUUUUUAAAAAACAAUCUUACCAUCAGUUUCUCUUCAAAAAGCUAUUGGAAGUGUUUAUCAACUUUAAUAUCCUUUUGUUCACCCCUACCAUCAUUGAUUUAGAGAAAACUGUAUAAGAGUAUUGGUACAUUCAGAGAAACUGAACCGAAGGAUAGAAGCCUGCGAUUUUGGUAUUGUACUAUUCAAUGAUUCUAAUGCAUGAGAUACAUGAUGGAGAAAAGAUUUAUAUGUUACAGCCAUCAGGAAACUGUGUUUUUUCUCUCUCUAAAAAGUGAAGGGCUGGAGGAUGAGCUGAAAGGUCUGUCUAAGAUAAUGGAAAGGUUUCAAUAGGUAGAUGUAAUAAAAAUGCAUUGACUUGUUUGUUCUCUAUGUCCUGGCAUGCAUGUUCUAGAGCUCUCAAUAUGGGCAGGCAGGUGAAGAUGUUACACGUCCUGAACCAAAAUAAGAACUGUAAAAAUGAAACAAUUUCUAAAAAAAAUAGCAGUGAAUUCAGGAGAAAUGUCUUUAUCCAGAAGGAAUGUGCAACUGGCUUACACCAGAAAUAGCAGAGGUAAUUAGCUUUAAUGCAGUGGUACUAAUUAAAUAUGUGAGAAUAGAAUAGUUGGUUAAGCUGAUAAGCUUAAAUUGACAAAAAGGGAUGUCAAGCGACUCCUGGGCCGUAAACCUGAUGGCUAAAUAAACUGUACAUGUGAUAUACUUCCAUGAAUUUAGUAUCUGUACUAUGGAUGGAAUCGUGAAGGGUGACCUUAAUUUACACCAAACAUCACAAAUCAUUUUCAGAGAAUUUUUGUUUUGGCAGCACGCUACUAACACGUUCAGUCAGCCUGUUAAACUAAAAUUGUUCCUGGGUAUUUAUACUUGUCUUCUGGAGGAAUUAUCUCAUUAUGCUAGGAAUCAGUUGUGCCUUUGCAAAGUUACAGAUGGUUUUUGAUGAAUCACUGGACUCCUCCUGUUCCUACUCCAUAUCUUA